ACAUAGAAAAAAGGUAAACGAGAAGGAAGAUAGCUGCAAUAUCUUUGACGGAAAAUGGGUAUAUGAUCCAACAUCAAGUCCUCCAUAUCAUGGAUCACAGUGUCCAUUUCUGAGUGAACAAGUGAGUUGCCUAAGGAAUGGGAGGCCAGAUUCUGAAUACGAAAAAUGGAGCUGGGAAGCCAAGGGGUGUCGUAUUCCGAGGUUGGUUUCCCAGGUUUAAUGGUACAAACAUGUUAGAGAGACUUAAAGGGAAGAGAGUAAUUAUGGUUGGGGACUCCAUCAAUAGAAACCAGUGGGAGUCGCUUGUUUGCCUUCUUUACUCCACUAUUUCCUCCUCACCUCUUAACAAGAUUAAUAUUAUUCUAACACAACAGGAGUAUAAUUGUUCUGUUGAAUUAUAUUGGAGCCCCUUUCUUGUACAAUUGGAAGGAAACGAAGAAAAUGGUGGUCGAAUUCUAAGGUUAGACAAACUUUCUGACUGGGAAAAAAAAUGUCGUGGCGCUGAUAUUAUGGUAUUUAACACUGGUCACUGGUGGCAUAAUGGUGGUAGGUUAAAAAGGUGGGACUUGUUCCAAUAUAAAGGAAAGCUGGUGGAGGAGAUGGAGGUCCAAUCAGCAUUUGGGAUGGCAAUGAAGACCUGGGCUUGUUGGAUUGAUCGCAACGUAGACAAGACCAGUACAAAGGUCUUUUUUCGAAGCUUUUCACCAGUACAUUAUGGGAAGCAGAGGUGCUACAAUCAAACCCAACCCAUCAAGGACGAGUCCUAUGUAGAAAAAUCUCCCAAUCCCAUUUUAGAGGUUGUUGAGAGAACAAUUAGACGCAUGAGGACGCCAGUGAGGUACUUGAAUAUCACAAAACUAUCGCAAUAUCGAAAAGAUGGGCAUACAACAGUAAACACAAUAAGGCAAAAGAAGCUGCCAAAGGCAAUGAAACAAAGACAACCAAUGUCUCAUGAUGAUUGCAGCCACUGGUGUUUGCCCGGAGUGCCGGAUACAUGGAACCGGCUACUAUUUGCAUCUAUGGUCAUGGACAACUCUAGUGUUACCUCUUAGUUUUUAACAUACGAUUUGUUUAUGUUCAAUUCAUAGAGAUGAACAGUGUGCUGUUCAGAAA